AUGGAAGAAGAAUGGACCAACAUAGAUUUAAAACUAUGCCCCUCUCAUGGUGAUUUUCGUCUAAAGUCUACAAAAAUCUCAUCAAAAUGCUAUGCCUGUUACAAAGAUGGCCAUGACAACAAGCAAGGCUACAAGUGUGAUUUCUGCGAUUUUUAUGUCCACGAGGAAUGCAUCAACGUCAACAUUCCUUCUCGACAUAAACACCCUCUCCAGCUCAUAAGGUCUGACACAAGGUCUGGUAGAGGUUUUGAAUCAUGCUCUCUAUGUGAAGACCUUGAGUUUGAACCAUUGUAUCAAUGUUCACAAUGUGCUUUUCUUAUAUGUAUCCAAUGUGCGAGAGAACCUCUGAUCUUGAACGCAGCUGAAGCCCACGAGCAUGAGCUCCACCAGAUACCGAUAAAUCUCUCCUUCACUUGUGAUGCAUGUGGGUUAUACAGUUCAAACUACCCGUGUGUUUGUCAUCAAUGUUGUUUCAUAGUACACAGAGAAUGCAUCUCCUUACCACGUGUUAUACACAUCAAUCGCCACGACCACCGCAUCUCUCGCGUUGCCUCUCUUGGCCCGGGGAAGUGGAUUUGUGGGGUAUGUCGUGAGCCUGUUAAUGGAGAGUGUGGAGCAUAUUCUUGCUUGAUUUGCUCUUAUGUUGUUCAUUCAAAGUGUGCAACACAUAUGUUCAUUUGGGAUGGAGAAGAACUCGAAGGGAUACCCGAAGAAAAAGAACGUAUGCCCUUCGAAGUGAUAGACCAGAACCUAAUAAAACAUUUUAGCCAUGAGCACAAUCUGAAGAUGUCAUCACUAGGACUCAAAGAAGGUAAACAUUGCUAUGCAUGCACCCUUCCUCUUAACUCUAAAAUGUGUUACGUAUGCACGCAAUGUGAUUUCAUACUUCACAAUGGAUGCGCCAAUCUCCCUCUGGAAAAAAGGCACCCGGUGCACAACCAAAAACUUACUUUGUGUGCCAAAGUUCAGUGUAACAACUAUAUUGUUUGUAGAGCGUGUCUACGUUAUUGCACAGGUUUCUCAUAUACUGUAAAUGACGACAUUAAUAUUGAUGUGAGAUGUGCUUCAAUUUCUGAUGCAUUUAAACAUGAAAGCCAUCCACAUUGGUUGUUCCCAUUUACAUACCUAAGUUUAGAUAAGAGGUGUAAAGUUUGUGACUCGUUACAUUGGAUGUAUCUACGUUGUGUUAAUAAAGAUGAUUGUGGCGGCUUCAGUUUAUGCUUCACAUGCGCUACUCUACCUACGUAUGUGAGACACAAAUACGAUGGCCAUCCUCUCUGCUUAUACUAUGGUGAGGGAAAUGUGAAUUCAACAUAUUGUUGCGGGAUAUGCGAAGAGGAAGUAUACCCAAAGAGCUGGUUUUACGGGUGCAGUGAUUGUAGCUCCAGUUUUCAUACUAAAUGCGUAUUUAAAAAUCUAUUACACCCGAGACCUGGAUACGAUUUAGAGAUACAUGACAAGGGAACAUUUGAUUUGCUUCCAAACAAAAGUCAGUCUCGGCCGAUUUGCUAUUUAUGUAAAACACAUUGUAUGGGUGAGUUGGUUCUGAACGAUAAGGAUGAUACAAGUUUAUUCAUGUGCUGUUCUUGUGGCUUCCCUAAGUUUAAUCUAGAGUAA